ACUCCAAACCCGAUAACAAUUGGAGCAGGGCCUGUUUUCGUAAAAAAGGAGUUUCUUGAGAGAAAGGAAAACGAAACACACAACUCCAUUAAAAUUGUUGUAUAGCAUCAGAUCAUCUUUAUCGUUCCCCUUCUUCAAUCUACCGAUCUAUACCCUUAAAUCAGAAUGAAUUUCAUGGCUUCAAAGCAACCCGAAAAUAGCUUGCUCGGCCCUGAAUCUGACUCUCAAAGGACUCUGUACCCCUAUGUGACUGGAACAUCUGUUGUGGCUUUAAAGUAUAAAGAUGGGAUUUUGAUGGCUGCUGAUAUGGGAGGUUCUUAUGGGUCUACACUGCGGUACAAGAGUGUGGAGCGAAUGAAGCCUAUUGGCAAGCAUUCUCUUCUGGGUGCAAGUGGAGAAAUCAGUGAUUUCCAAGAGAUUUUGCGUUAUCUUGAUGAGCUUAUCUUGUAUGACAAUAUGUGGGAUGAUGGCAACUCUUUGGGGCCUAAAGAGGUGCACAAUUACUUGACUCGAGUCAUGUAUAACAGGCGUAACAAGUUCAACCCAUUGUGGAACUCCCUUGUACUUGGGGGGGUUAAAAAUGGACAAAAGUAUCUUGGAACGGUCAGUAUGAUUGGUGUAAACUUUGAGGACAAUCAUGUUGCAACUGGGUUUGGAAAUCACCUUGCUCGGCCAAUUCUUCGUCAAGAGUGGCAUGAGAACUUGAGCUUUGAAAAUGGUGUUAGACUAUUGGAGAAAUGCAUGCGUGUUCUCCUGUAUCGUGAUAGAUCAGCUGUUAACAAGCUUCAGAUAGCUAAGAUUACUGAAGAUGGUGUAACAAUUUCCCAGCCAUAUUCAUUGAAGACGUACUGGGAAUUCUCUGCUUUUGAGAACCCUGCACAGGGUGCUAUAGGAUCAUGGUAGCUGUAGCAAACUUUUCAUCCCUUCUGGAAUCUUCUAUGCAAUCAUAUGAAAAGAACAUUAAACAUAGAUGGAAGACAACUUGUUUCAUGUUUUAUGUCUGGUUGAAACUUAUUGAGUUUGAGGCUGAUUGUCAUUUGAUUUAAUGCGACAGCGUAUGCUUUACUUAA